AAAAGAACAAAGAAUUUAGAAGAAAAAGAAAAAGAAAAAAGUUACUUGUCUUGUCAAAGUGAGGAAUUGCAAGAACCAAAAGCAGGUAAUUCGAUUGAGCUAUUUGAAAAGAGAGUUCCAAAUCCAACCAAAGAGAGGGGUAAAGAUCUUGUUGAGAGUUUUAAAGAGUAGUCAGGUCCCAUCAUGCUCACCAUUUCACUGUGGACGAACUAUAAUGACUCUCUCUCAUUUUCUCUCUCCGACCAAAUGUUCUUCUCUUAUUAAACUCUCAUUUCUCUCUUGUCACUCUCUUUCCCAUGCAAACUAAAAACUGUCACGUUCACCACCACAUAAAAAAUAAGUAAUAAUAAUAAAGUAUCGAAACUCCAAAGGCGACAAAUUUAUGAAUCAUAGCAAUGCAGCCAUAGUUACUGACACACAUACACAAUGGCCACCAAAUUGGGCUUCCAAACAUCCUCCUCACUUUACUUUCAUUUCUUUACUCCAUCCAAAGAACAGAAAAGAAUGAAAAGUAGAAGAGCUUUUGGAAUCAAGUCCCAUUUGUUUGUCACUCUUUUUUUUCCUUUUUAAAUUCCAUAGUGAGGCUCUGUUGUUUCACUUUGUCUGCUAGAUUUUCUUUCUCUCAUGGCUUCUCUGUCAUUUUUCCUUGUUGGGUUCCUUGUUUUGGCUAGUGAAGUGAGUUCAUUAUGGAAAAGCUCAGAUGGGUUUGAAAUGGAGAUGGAAAAGGAGGAGCUUUUGGGGCUUUUCGAUGUUAUGGAAGCUCUUUUGGACGAUUCUGACUGGGCCAAAGAUCAUCCUCAGCCAUGUAGUGAGACUCCAUGGCCAGGUGUUCAGUGUGAGAUUGGUCAAGACCCUCCAUUCUAUUUUCAUGUCACUAAGAUUCAUAUUGGCCCUGAUAUUCUCAGCCCACCUUGCAAAAUCUCUGCUACAAUAUCAGAUUCUUUGCUCAAGCUACCUUAUCUAAAGACUUUCUCAGUCUUCAAUUGUUUCUUAACUCAUCCAAUCACACUUUCACCUGCUCUUUUUGGCUCAUUAUCUUCCUUGGAACACUUGGCCCUUGAGUCAAAUCCAGCUCUUUCUGGAAAAAUUCCCUCAAGCUUAGCAAAACUUGCCAGCUUAAGAGUCCUAAGCCUGUCUCAGAACAACCUUGAGGGUAAUAUACCAAAGGAGAUUGGUGAGAUGGUCAUAUUAGAGCAACUUGAUCUGAGUUACAACAAUUUGAGUGGGGAAGUACCAGAAGAAAUUGGAGACAUGGAGAAUUUGACCAUUUUGGACCUGAGUUGGAACACUCUUGAUGGUCAGCUUCCUUCUACUUUGGGUCAGCUUCAGCUUCUCCAAAAGGCUGACUUGGGGUCAAACAAACUUGUGGGAAGAAUUCCACCUGAUCUUGGCAUGGUCAAGAGGCUAGUAUUGCUUGAUUUGAGCAACAACUUACUCACUGGCCCAAUCCCUGAAACCCUUUCAGGUUUGGAUCAUUUAGAGUACUUGAUAGUUGACCACAACCCUUUUAAUGCAAUGAUACCCCAUUCUGUAUGGCAACUCAAAAAGCUCCAAACAAUGAGUUUCUCAGGCUGUGGAUUGAGAGGCACAUUGCCCAACUUCUCAACUCCUUUGGAACACCUCUCCUCUCUUUCUUUAGACAACAACAACCUCACUGGAGCAAUCCCUUCAAAUAUAGGGUCACUACCAAGUUUAGAUCACUUGAAUCUGAGCAACAAUAAGCUGAGUGGAGAGGUGUUACUUCCUGAAAGUUUCAUUGAAAGGCUUGGGAUGAGGUUGGAUAUCAGAGGAAACAAUGGCUUGUGCACCAGCAAUCAACUAAACCAGAAGAAGGUAUCUAUGUACUUUGAAGCCCCUGUUUGUUUAAAUUCAACUACUGAGCCAAGAAGUGAUGAAACUUUGGCUUGGCAUCAUCAGCAUCAUCAACCAAAUGAGCCAGAGAGAACAAAGCCAUAUGAGAAUAGGCUCAAGGAGACCUCACAUGCUCCAUGGUUUUGUCCAAAUAUCAAUUGUUUACUUGCAUUUUUUCCUAGUUUCUUCUCAAUGUUUAUAUCUAACUAUUUCUAAAGUGGAACUCGUUCAAUUCACUGAUCUUCCCUUAUUUGAUCUUGUUCUUGGUUUUUCAUUUAUUUUCUUCUUUGUUGCUAAAAUUGUAUAUACAAAUUUUGUAUUAGACUAGACUCUGUUUAAGAUCAUUUUGUGUAAUUAAUGAUGUUAAAACUCAUAUGUAAUUGGACUAGACUCUGUUUUGGAAAGCCAAAUUAUGUAAUUAGAAGUCAUUUAUUGGAUGAGAUUAUUUAGCUA